AAAGGUCGCUCUCGACAGUUAUAAGUGGAUGUGAUCAUUAUUUCGAGUAGAAAUAUAGCGGAUCUGCACGCGCGAUAAGUUUCAAGAGCGACUGCAACUGGUGCUCAGUGAGCGUGCACAACUAAAAGUCACUUUUGUUCCCCAAACACCCACCAGUUUCCUUUCAAACUUUACAUUGGCUUGAUAGAGCUUCGAAAGAUGGAAUUGCGGCUGAUAUUUCAUUUUCUUGGGGUGUUGAUUUAUCUGACGGAAAAAUGCCGGUUGGAAGAGACCACCACGGCAAAAUCAAAACCAAUCUCAUUCGUAAGCGCAUUGAAUUCAACAAGUAACAUGACGGCAGAAACGAAUAGAAAGCUUCAAAAAAUAGCGAAUAUUACGAUUGCCCAGUUUCUGAACAACCAAACGAGGCACAACUACUCCAUCAGCGAGCUGCUGGAACUGAAGGAGCUGGCAGACUCGAUAAUGGGCCCCGAAUCCAUAAUUCCUGAUUUUGUCAAAAAAUCAAACGCCCAUUUAAUUACGCUUCCGUCCGUUACAAUGAUAAAUUUGGCGAGCGCAAUCCUCAAGAGCGACUUCAUGCCGGUGACGAUUAUGCAGCCAACUACUCACAGAAAAACCAACGAAAAACUAGAAAAGAAGAAGGGUGAAACCGAAGAGAAAAUAACGAAUGCAACAAUGGACGAGGCGCUGGCCACCAUGAACUACCACAGGAAAAUGAUGAAUGAGUUUCUGUGCCGAAACUACGUCGCCGAAAGCAUCCUGGACGCCCUUGAAAAAGACGCGUCAAUAUUUACAGACUACGACACAAACGAGUUUAGCGAACGAAUGGGCGAAAGUGAACCAGAAAUUGCCGCAGAAAUGAUAGCAGACUUAGGCUCUACCAGAUACCAAGACUGGCUCGAGAGGAGCACUGCUCUCACUGAUGUGUACAAAAGCUUGGGAGGAUUUGAGCCGAAUCCUUAUAUUGUGAGGCCGAUCAGUCCAAGUGAUCUACCCAUAAUCGAGGAAAGGAAAAAGUACAAAGAUGAAGAGGACGACGAAGAUGACGAGGAAGACGAUGAUGAUGAUGAGGACGAGAAGAAAAGAAAGAAGCCGUCAAAAAAGAAGAAAAAGAAGAAGAAGAAGAAGCCUAAACCAGAUGCCGCCGAUGCAAUUGAAGAGGAAGAGGAAGUCGAAGAGGAGGACGACGAUCAUGAUGCGGAAGCCGGAGACGAUAUUUUGCAAGUGGUCGACACGCACGUGCUACAUGGCGGCCAGCCAUAUGAAGACAGUGACCCUGGCUGGAACAUCUUCAGGUUCGGAUUCGUCGACUUCUACGACUCAGCUUUGACAGCGAUUGCCUUCCUGACGUUUGGAAUUUUCACUCUGCAAGUAUUCAUCAACUUAAUUACCAACGCCAAUGCACCGAAAACCGGCAUUCUGGUCAACAACUCAACCUCAGCUCCGCCGGUGAACAAGAAGCGUUCCUUGAGUUUGGAACAGAUUAAGAUAAUCGAGGCGACUGAGCAGUUACCGAGAUCAAUCACCGAAAGCCCGUCGACAACAGAAACGCCGACGUUUGAACUUGUUUUUGGCGUGAGUGUAACUCCAAGCAUCGACUUGGAGCCAGUCAGGGAGGAGCCGCCGGUACAGAGAUACAUUGGACCUGAGGAGGUGGUGGCAAAGUUUGCUCUGGUCACCAUUCGAGCAGCACUCAACAAGGAUGAGCCUCGCUGCCUUCACGCCGCCCUCUGCAGGGCCAACAGGGCCUCUUUACAGCUCGAGGGACCGCCCAGACUGUGGCUGCCCAUGUGGAGCGUGGCUAUGAGCUGGCUGGCUCAGAGAGCCGGAGGAAUCCCAGGGAGCCAAGAAAUGAUUGCAGGGGCUUUGGAAAACCUGAGGGCAUCGGUUUUAGGAUUGGGUGGCGUUAAAUGUGAAGUAGUGUAUCCACCUUGUUUGCAUUGAAAGAAAAGUAGGAACAGAUUUACCUUGUAAAUUUUAUUCAACUGUAAAAACAAUAAAAUAUCUCAUGUCUAACAA